UUCAAAGACUUCAGUCAGUCAAAGUUUAAAUCGUCAAUUAGCGCCAGGGAUGAUCGUGAUGCAUUUGCAAGACACGUUUGCGGCAGGCUAAACCCGCUAGAAAAAAGAAUUACUUUUAAAAUACAUCGAUUUCCGUAAACCGAGGCUGUUUGGCGCAAAUCGGUGCACUUCAAAGGGGUGUUGCAGUGUUUAUGUUUUUUGUACACGAAGCUGACAAUUGUCGGGUCUGUUUAGUUUAAAAGAGGGCUAAGGUUUCAGAAGUAAGUAUUCAUCUGAUGAAUCUAUUUAGGGCAUCUGUCGAUUUCCGGCUUGCGUGUCUAGAGAAGACAGCUACAACACACUUGUCGGUUACAUUCAUUCGGUAACCACUUAGCCGUAAACUUUGGCACAAAACUGGUGGAAAGAUGAAUUCUCUUCGUAAGAUCGUCAUAAGGCUUGUGGUAAUUCUUUACGUCUUGGUGGAAUGUUUAGGAUUCGACGGAUCUUGUUGCCAGCAUGGAUGUAUAAACACUCUAGGAGGAAUUCGUUGUAUCUGUAGAAGAGGAUUCAGGCUUGUGAAUCGCUGCCAAUGCAGAGAUUUUAAUGAGUGCACAGUGCGGAACGGAAUGUGUCAACAACGCUGCAUCAAUGCUUUUGGAUCCUACAGGUGCGAAUGUGCAAAUGGUUACGUACGCGCGCUUGGGAAUCCACGACGAUGUGUAGACUUGGAUGAGUGUAAGAUGGGCAUUUCUGGUUGUAGUCAAGGCUGUCAAAAUACUGUCGGCUCUUUUCGAUGUUUUUGUCGCCGAACAGGUUAUGUUUUAGAUUCAGAUCAAAGAUCUUGCAAAGUGUCACAAAUUUUCACUGCGCUUCCAACUAAAAGUCCCGAAAUCAUUGAAGACACCAGCAUUGCACACCGGAAAGACUUACAGGGAAUCCAAGCCUGUCCUCCGGGGUACAUCGGUCCUGGCUGUCGUAUGACAUGUGACGACUGUCAAAAUGGUGCGCGGUGUGACAUUAGAAUUGGACAAUGUCUUUGCUCUCCGGGUUGGACUGGAAUUUUAUGCAAUGAUCCAUGUCCGGGGGAAAGAUUUGGAAAGGACUGUAAAUUUAAAUGCUUGUGUAAAAAUGAUGCGAAGUGCAAUAAAGUGACUGGUGCAUGUUCUUGUCGACCAGGAUUCCUGGGAGACCUGUGUGAUGAAACUUGUCCUACCGGUUUCUAUGGAGAAGGAUGUAAGCAGAAGUGCACAUGUGUUCACAUGGAACCUUGCCAUCCGGUAACUGGCACGUGUCAGUGUGACCCAGGAUUCUUUGGGGCCCACUGCUCUAAAGGGUGCCCCUCAGGGUCCUUUGGAGCAGCGUGCAGAGAAAAAUGCAAGUGCCUGGCUGAUCAUACAGAAAGGUGCGACCCUAAGGAUGGAACAUGUGACUGUAAGCCUGGUUAUCUAGGCAAACACUGCUCAAACAAAUGUCCUGAUGGAACUUAUGGCAAAUACUGCCUAAGAAGAUGCAACUGCCCUGAAGCUGUGCGUUGCGAUCACGUGCACGGCAAGUGUGAUGUCACGUGUCCAGCGGGCCUGACUGGACCAAAUUGUCAGAAAGUAUGCGCCCAAGGUACUUUUGGUCAUGGAUGCAGUCAGCGAUGUCAGUGCAGUGGUGGUGUGACAUGUGACCCCGUGACUGGUUCCUGCAUUUGUCCCAUGGGAAAAAUGGGAUCCAGGUGUGACGAAGUAUGCCCCGAGGGCCGGUUCGGUUUUAACUGUGACCAAGUUUGCGACUGCGCAGAAGGAAUCAAGUGUGACGCCAUGUCAGGAGCGUGCGUAUGUGCUGACGGAAGAACCGGCAGGCGUUGCGACCGAUUCUGUCCAGCGGGAACAUAUGGACGCAAGUGUCUCAACAAAUGCCAAUGCGCUGGUAGAUCCCGUUGUGAUCCAGUCAGCGGUGAAUGUAUCUGCCCUGCGGGAAGGACUGGAACUAGGUGUGAGAAGGCCUGUGAGCAAGGAACGUUUGGAAAAAAGUGUAGAAGUCGCUGUAACUGUGACCCUGGCUCUCGUUGCCAUCCGGUCAGCGGGAGGUGUAUUUGUCCAAAAGGGAAGACUGGGAACAAAUGUGACACAGUUUGUCCAAAAGGUUCAUAUGGUAACAGGUGUGCUCAGCGGUGUCGCUGUCUUGAGGAUGCACGAUGUGAUCCAGUGGAAGGGACCUGUAAAUGUCCUGCGGGAAGGACUGGGAAAUACUGCAAAGAGAUGUGCCCUCAAGACACCUACGGAACCGAUUGUAGUCAGCGGUGCGACUGCGUCAACAGCUCAUGUGCUCCUGAUACUGGAGAAUGCCAGUGUCCGGCUGGAACAACGGGACCGAGAUGUGAUGAAGCUUGCCCUCAAGGUUACUUUGGACAGAAUUGCAGUCAGUCGUGUGGUUGUCAUGGAAACUCGUCAUGCGAUCCUGUGACUGGCAGGUGUCAUUGUAGAUGCGAGCACAACGCAACCUGUGAUAACGUAACGGGAUCUUGUGUCUGCGCACCUGGUUGGAUCGGCGAGACAUGUGAGAAAAGAUGUCCUGAAGGAUUUUAUGGAGUGAACUGUAGCAAUUCAUGUUCUUGUCCUGUAAAAGCCUCAUGUGAUCAUGUGACCGGAAGUUGUAUUUGUCAGGCUGGCCGGUUUGGAAAGGAAUGCGAUAAAGGUUGUCAGAAGGGUUUCUUCGGCGAAAAUUGCAAUAGAAAAUGUAAUUGCACCGGAUAUGAAAGGUGCGACGCUGUGACAGGCGAAUGUAAACGAGUUUGUCCUUCUGGUAGACACGGUGCUGACUGCUCGCUUAGAUGCAGUUGCCCUCCUUCAGUGAUGUGUGAUCCAUACACAGCAGAAUGUUUAUGUGAACCUGGAAGUCACGGAAAAACAUGCCGAAAGUCCUGUCGAAGGGGUACAUAUGGCCGCAACUGCAAGUUUAACUGCACUUGCUCAGAGAAUUCCGAGUGCGACCCUCAGACUGGGAAGUGCCGAUGUGACGCAGGCUGGAUAGGAAGUCAGUGUGAACACGUUUGUCCAUCGGGAACGUUCGGCCCUGGUUGCCGGCAGAAAUGUUCUUGCUACAACGGUGUCUGUGAUCACGUGAACGGAAAAUGCCAUUGUCAUCCGGGAUACCAAGGAGCGAAUUGUGAGAAAGUGUGCCGCCGUGGUUUCUUUGGACAAGAUUGUCAGUUUGAGUGUACGUGCCAGAAUGAUGCCAUCUGUGACAACGUAAAUGGUAAAUGUCAUUGUGGAUUGGGAUGGACUGGGACCAACUGCGAAAAAGAAUGCUCUUCUAGGAAUUAUGGUCUGAACUGUGAACAAAGAUGUAAGUGUAGAAACAGAGGAGGAUGUGAUAAGAUCACUGGCUGUUGUCUUUGCCCUCCAGGGUGGUAUGGGGACAGAUGUCAAUAUCGUUGCCCUCCUGACCGAUAUGGCGCAUACUGUACUAAACACUGCACCUGUAUGAAUGGUGGGUCAUGUGAUCCAAGAACGGGACAGUGCUUCUGUGCUCCGGGGUGGUCUGGGAGAGACUGCACCAAACGAUGUCCGGUGGGGCGAUAUGGCUUUGAAUGUUUGCUCCUUUGCACAUGCGCUAACUCAUCUUUUUGUGAUGCUGCUACUGGACAGUGCAAGUGUCCGAGCGGGCGGACUGGUAGCGAUUGUGAUCAGGUUUGUAGAGGGAAGUAUGGUCCCGGUUGUUUAUUGGGCUGCUCCUGUGGCCAGGGAGGCCUGUGUGAUCCGCUGACCGGAAAAUGCAAGUGCCGUCCUGGAUGGACUGGACCCGAGUGCAGACAAGAAACUCCCAUAGAAAAGGCACCUUUUAGCGACGAUCACUUGUUUACAAUCAACCUGCUUUGAGUCACAAGAACAAUGUGUGAGAAAAACUAGGUACUUUCACACAAACAAGCGACUGAAGAGACCAUUACAUAUGAGCGACGAAUGCACUUAAACGCGACAACGCUUACGAUAUUUACAAUCGUACUGUACUUUUUUGCUUGCUGACACACUGCUGUAUAGUAUCGAGAAUAUCCAGAGUGGCGAAACUAAGAAAGAUGCUAAAAUCACCAUGGGUUUUUAUUGGCCGCAGACCACUGGCAACUUUUCAGUACUUUGACAAAUUGUUCUGGAGAUGAUGCCUGCUGACACACAUACAUCAUUUAUUUAUUUUCCCUGUGGUUAGCGUUAUAGUUGUCACCUUAUCUUUUCGACAGAGGUUUGACGAUCCUUGGUCUUCACUGUAGACUUCAAGUAGUCCCAGCUUACGCAGUCAAGCGGGGAAAUGAGCCUGGCAUGAAAAAUCACGGGUAUUAUUUUCGCUCAGCGGUUAUGCGCACUGUUGUCCUCUAUCACUUACUGACCGAAGACAAAGCUUAGAAUGAGGACGCCCUUGUAGAUACUCGCUUCAGCAUGUGCGUUUCUUUGCCUGCGGGAACUUAUAAGGCCUUGGGCACGCGAGCUGGCAAGACGUCUGCGUGGGAUCUAGCACUAGUGCCGGUAAACCUCUCCCAAACUCGUCUAAAAUCUUCCAACGGGCGGAGAAAUGUGCGUCACGCUGCGCUACUGAUGAGGACCUACUCGCAAGCUAUCAAGGAGGAACUUCUUGUAAUCAAAUUAUUUUAGAACCUCUUUAUUUCAAUAAUCUUCAAGUAUGUUCAUCUUAUCAUUUUACCAAUAACCGGAUAUAUAUUAGAUGUUUGUGAAGGUGUUUCUGAAGGUAAUUUCCAUUUACUCUUUUUACAAUCAGCCUAGCAUUUCACGCUUUCAUGUGUAAGUAAUAUUUUUUAAGAAAUGAAUGAAUGUUGCUUUUGAAAAAUUAACGAGUGAAUUUCUCACGAUGCUUUCAUGAAACGAUCCUCCAGUAAAAAUUAGCUCAAUUUUCAAUGAAGAUCACAUAGCAUUUCCUGUUCUUAAUUUGUACAAUACAAGCGGUACGUCCUUUCGGCGAAGUCCGUCGUGCGAGUCGAAACAAAAAAAAUCAGCGAUUAAAUAAAUUGAUGUUAGCGCGCCGCGCAGAACUCGGAGAGUGCUACUUUUAGUGCAGCUCACUCUCAAAGUUCCGCGCGGCGUACUAACAUCAUUUCUCUAUCUGGGUUGAUUAUUUUUGACACGCGCGAAGGACUUUACCGAAAAGGAGACUGCUACUAAUCUUCCUAAUUUGUUACUAAUCGUCCCAUGUCAAUCAAAUGUAAGGAUCCUGCAAGAUCGAGAUCAACAUUUAUGUCUCUGUUCAAAGCGCAAACAACCACAUAUCACCUUGUUCUUUCCGCUCGGAUUUUAUGACCCGCGUGUGACGUGGUCCGUAACUUAGAGUACAGACCUCGAACUCGGUUAGUAAGAGGUUUAUAAAUUUUGGCGUCAAAAGUCGAUCAUAUGUCAUUGCAUCAUAAUCAUGAAAAAAAGAACUUCCCAACAACCUCAUCUUGCUAUUGAACAAGGCAAAAACGACAAAUCGUACUAAUUUUGCGAUCCCACCAGUAUACAGCAGUACAUCAUAUUUUGCCCAGUUUUUUCAACACGAUGUCCAGAAUAUCAAAUAAGAUAUUUCCAGCCACAUAAUCAUUGUCAACCAGGUUAAUAAGAUAAUAAGUAUCAUGAAUGGUGUCGAUUAUCCCACGUGAACGAGAUUUAUCGGGAUAAAUAUGUCCCCACUGAUGCUUCCAGAGAGCAAACGCCUCGUCCUAAAAA